UCAACAGUUCAGGUUCAGCAAAAUAAUCCGUUGCUGUCGUCGUAUUUUGACAGAGAGAAAACUAUAUACAUGCAGAGAAGUACACAAAACUAGUCGAGGUUUGGCAGACUUUAACAUACACUUGCUCUUCGUGCACCGGAACCCUUGAAUACAUUUUAACGUUCGUAUUGGAUGUGACUUUUACCUGGAGCUGAAACUGAGACGUGUCAUCCGACAAUAUACGAGAUAUAAGAUAUAUUCUUUGAUGCAUGGUUAAAAUUGUGUAAAGGAAUAUUUGUAAUUUGUGAGGAAUCGUUUUCCAUUUUUCACUGAGGUUAAACUACCUACACACCUUGCAGCCACGGUCGUUUCCAGUUCCCAAGGACCAUCAUGUCAUUUCGGAAAGCCACUUCCCUGGUCUUUCUCAUCACGUGUGUGUCUAUUGCCCAUCCUUUGUCAGGCUCCAACGUUUGUACCUCAUUAAGUCUUGUUCCAUCAACUGUGCUUCAUUCGACAUCGGAUCUGGAAUUGAACUGUGAGGAGCUGGGUUUUACAGAUGGUGCCUGUCAGGCGGCAAGGAAUAGCAGAAUAAGUUUCAGUGACCUAUACUUGACGGUGAGCACUAAUUCGUGCUGUGAUGGAUGGAUUAAGGAGGGAGAUACCUGUUCACCAUGUCCAACUGGGCGAUAUGGACGUAACUGUUCAUUGACAUGUCAGUGCCUGAACGGUGGUUUGUGUGAUCACGUGACUGGGGAGUGUAGUUGUACAGAAGGUUGGACAGGAAAUCAUUGCCAAGAAAGGUGUACUAUUGACAGGUACAGCUCGAACUGUUCUCUUCCUUGCCUUUCUGUGUGUGUUAAUGGCGGAGUAUGCCACCCUUCGAAUGGGCAUUGCUUGUGCCAAUACGGCUGGGAGGGUGAUUCAUGCAACACCCGAUGCGUCGGACAAAGCUGCUACAUGGAGAGCGAUUCUUGCAGCAACGGCGCCGCUUACGAUCCUACAGGACACUGCCUAUGUGCUCCAGGAUGGCAAGGUCGUUACUGCACCGAGCCCUGUUCAGCCAACAAGUACGGAAGCUUCUGUCGAGAAACGUGUCAAUGUCAGAAUGGUGGACUCUGCAACUGGGUAAAUGGUUCUUGUUUCUGUCAGCCUGGUUACUCGGGGACGUUUUGUGAGAAUCCCUGUGAGGAGGGUUUCUACGGGCGUGACUGUGCUCUGAGAUGUGACUGCCCUAUGAGUGGAGGCUGUGACGACGUAGAGGGCGCUUGCUUUGCCUGUCCGAUCGGACGCAGUGGGCCAAGAUGUAUAGAAAACUGUCCACCAAACUUCUGGGGCUUGUCAUGUAGCAACUAUUGUAACUGCCUUGACCAGUCAUUAUGUGAUCCAUUCACGGGUGAAUGUCCAGGUCAAAGCGAACCUGACCCUUCCCAUUCCACACCAGGUCUACAACCAGCUGAAGUGACAACCACAAUCACAAUGACUUCCACACUGGUCUCGAAGGCAUACCCUAUUCCCAGCGACAAAGGCUCACCGCAUAUGACAUCGUAUAUCAUACCACUCGUCAUCUGUGUCCUUCUCGCACUCGUCGUCGGUCUCCUAGUCGUGAUCGCAUUAAAGCAACCAUGUCGCUCGAAGUCAACUGUCAGAGCAGAAGGAAUAGUGAAACUUAGUCAUCAAUAUGCCGACUGCAACGGUGGAAAGGAAGAAGGUGUUUAUGCUGAAAUAGUCGACACGGAUGGCGGAUACGAGAUUCCCAUGCUCGAUGACCUUGACAAACCAUCGACAUCAUCAUCAUCACCAACAAGAAAACCUCAAUGUGAAGUCAAUUAUUACCAGACUCCGCCUGUUCGAGCGCCAUCUAAUGACGUAACAUUGCCAAGUCCGACAGUGACGUCGAACCAAAUGGAUAGCAAUGGAUAUCUGCACCUAAAUGAAAGUAGGUCGCCACCUCCGGAAUACCAAACUAUCAUUACUAAAAACCAAUGGAAUCUCAAGUGAGGGUAUGACGUCUCAAAAGAAGUAUGGUCAUUUGAAACGAGAAUGCAACAGUGGAGGCUUUCAUUUUCCUAUAAAGUUCUUCGCAAGUAAAAAUUGGCAUACCGUGUGAGAUAUGCAAUGACAUGCUACUGAAUGCGAGGAAUAACUUUGUUUGAAAUCAUGCAGGGGUGCGUUAUUUCGAUUUGUAAAUGAUUAUCCUACGUAUUUACCAUAAAAGAAAACAAUUUAAGCAAUUUAAGGAGAUGUCCCCAAUGGCGCAAUGAGGCAAAUAUGUUGAUGUGCUUGAUUUUUUAUACGAACCAGUAUUGAGGUGGAUUCGUUAGCAAUUAGUGAAGCGAGUAAGUAAAAAAGGUGAAAAAGAUAUUGCGGUCAGCAUCCACCCCCAUCAUAAGAAUACAUUUAAAAAAAAUAAAUAUACCCACCAGCAUGCAACUGUCACCAACUAAGGUUGCGUUUUAGUCAUCCGACUAAAUUUUCGUUCAUCUAGAAUUAUUAUGAACAUUACCGAAAAUGCACUACUCUGAUUUGUAGCAGUACUGAUUAAAAAUGUGGCAUCAAUAUUGAAUGCAUAAUAAUUUGUCGCUGCAUUUCAUAUGUUUAAAAGUGUACUUAUAUUUAUGUCAUAUUAGUCAGUACUCGAUAUAAUGUGGGCGGUUUUGUAUAUAUGUACGUCAUUGUACAGUGUAAAUGACCGAGGCAUCGUUUCACGAAACCAUGCACAUUUUCUUGUUUAAUCAAUCCUACUGCCAAAAUAAGAGAAAGUGGUGGUGUACUGAUCCCAAUGCGACAAUCAUUUGCUUUCGUUUUGUACAACGGCUGCCUCUACCAUGUCUACGACGAUGGAAUUGGCAUUCUGCGCUUGCGUCAAUUCGGAAACAAUGUAACAACUGCACAGAUAUAGCUGUGAACCGUCGAAGAAGCACCCAACGUCCAAAACGAUUCCUUUUAAUAUUUUUACCGUUGAUGCCUCGUAUAUACUGCAUGAUAGGUAUGCUGACAGAUAAUAAUGAUUGUGAGUGCGUGAAAGUAACAAAAUCUUAGUUCUGACGACCCAAUAUUGCUAAGUUAAAGGAAAGUCAUAAGCAACUCAACCAUUCAUGAACAAUUACCAAACAAGAAAUCAUGGUUGGAGUGCCAUCGAUUAUAUGACAGUCACAGUGGAGAUUUAAAAUAUAUAAACGGAAAAAUGAGGGAAAAUAAAUUGUCAUACUUGUACUCACUUGAUAGAUCUAUGUUCAAAAUCCUAAGGCAUUCAUCCUGCUGCUGAAUAGCCUACAUAGGCUUUCAUGAAAUAUUGAAUUGUAAAAGCUGUAAUAAUUCUGACAUAUUUUAUUGUUUCAAGUCACUUCUGUUUAUUGUAUCUAUGUAUGUAAAUAAAUAAUGCAAGGAAUUUACUAAAUAAAUCGACAGUGAUUAUAUUUAUUUCUAAAUAAUAAUUUUCGAACUUAAAUACAUGUACGCACUGUAUAUGAGAACACAUCAGGUUCUAUUAUUAAAACGAGAUUUUAUCUACUAAGUUGACAAAGUAGGUACAAUGAUGGAGUAGAGGUUUGAUAAAUUGAAAUGGAGAAUUUGUGAAAAUGAUAUGAUAGGAAAUAGAAGCAGCGUGAGAGAAAGAUAGGA